UAUGCAUGGAUAUCACCGGAAUCUUCUUACAAGAGCUUAAAUUGUGUGUAAAAUUGCCCUAAACAUGAGUGGCUCCAAACCUGAUAUUCUGUGGGCCCCGCACCAUGUUGACAGAUUUGUUGUGUGCGAUUCAGAAUUGAGCCUUUAUCACAUUGACUCUGCUGUAAGUUCAGAACUCAAGGCAGGGUCCUUGCGGUUAUCGGAAGAAACUACAGCUACGCUAUUGUCAAUAAAUUCAGAUACACCCUAUAUGAAAUGUGUGGCUUGGUAUCCAAAAUACGAUCCUGAAUGUCUCCUUGCUGUUGGACAGGCCAAUGGUCGAGUGGUACUUACUAGCCUCGGUCAAGAUCACAACUCAAAAUCUAAGGAUUUGAUAGGCAAAGAGUUUGUUCCCAAACAUGCACGGCAAUGCAAUACGCUUGCGUGGAACCCACUAGAUAGUAAUUGGCUUGCUGCUGGGUUAGAUAAACAUCGGGCUGACUUUUCAGUUUUGAUCUGGGAUAUCAGUAGCAAAUAUGCCCCAGAGACUGCAGUUGCUACAGAGAAAGUAAGACUUUCAGCAGGAGAUCCAGAAGCAGGACUGGUAGUAACAAAGCCACUAUAUGAAUUAGGACAGAACGAUGCUUGUCUUUCUCUCUGUUGGCUUCCACGGGAUCAGAAGCUGCUUUUAGCUGGAAUGCAUCGAAAUCUGGCUAUCUUUGAUCUGAGGAACACAAGCCAAAAAAUAUUUGUAAACACCAAGGCUGUCCAAGGAGUGACUGUUGAUCCCUAUUUCCACGAUCGUGUAGCUUCCUUCUAUGAAGGUCAGGUUGCCAUAUGGGAUUUAAGAAAGUUUGAAAAACCUGUUUUGACCUUGACUGAGCAACCAAAACCCUUAACAAAAGUUGCGUGGUGUCCAACAAGAACUGGACUGUUAGCUACUUUAACAAGGGAUAGUAAUAUCAUUAGACUGUAUGACAUGCAGCAUACUCCCACCCCUAUUGGAGAUGAAACUGAGCCAACGAUAAUUGAAAGAAGUGUCCAACCAUGUGAAAACUACAUUGCUUCGUUUGCCUGGCAUCCCACAAGUCAAAAUCGAAUGGUAGUGGUGACUCCCAACAGGACUAUGUCUGACUUCACAGUUUUUGAAAGAAUUUCUCUUGCAUGGAGUCCAGUGACAUCUUUAAUGUGGGCUUGUGGACGACAUCUAUACGAGUGUACAGAAGAAGGAAAGGCUAGUUCCUUGGAGAAAGACAUAGCAACCAAAAUGCGGCUGAGAGCUCUGUCAAGGUAUGGUCUUGAUACUGAACAAAUUUGGAGAAAUCAUCUCCUUGCUGGAAAUGAAGAUCCUCAGCUGAAAUCGCUUUGGUACACUCUGCAUUUUAUGAAGCAGUAUACUGAAGAUAUGGAUCAAAAACUUACAGGAAACAAAGGGCCCUUAGUUUAUGCUGGCAUUAAAUCAAUUGUGAAGUCAUCUUUGGGAACAACAGAGAACCUCAGGCACAGCAGGAGUGGAUCGGAUAGACAGGCAGAUAUUAUUCAGUAUCUGAGUGAGGAGAGAUCCUUGGCUUUGCAGCUCUGUGGGUGGAUAAAGAAGGGAACAGACUUAGAUGUGGAACCUUUUUUAAAUUCAUUGGAACAGGAAGGAGACUGGGAGCGAGCUGCUGCUGUAGCACUUUUCAACUUAGACAUACGGCGAGCAAUACAAAUUCUAAAUAAAGGGGCUUCCUCGGGAAAAGGUGAUCUGAACCUUAAUGUAGUAGCAAUGGCUCUAUCAGGCUACACAGAUGAGAAGAACUCACUUUGGAGAGAAAUGUGCAGUACUCUAAGACUGCAAUUGAACAACCCCUACUUGUGUGCUAUGUUUGCUUUCCUGACAAGUGAGUCUGGUUCAUAUGAUGGUGUUUUGUAUGAAAAUAACGUAGCUGUACGAGACAGAGUGGCAUUUGCUUGCAAGUUCCUCAGUGAUGCUCAGCUGAACAGGUUUAUUGAAAAGCUGACGAAUGAAAUGAAAGAUGCUGGGAAUUUGGAGGGAAUACUGUUAACAGGGCUGACAAAAGAUGGAGUUGACUUGAUGGAAAGUUAUGUUGACAGAACUGGAGAUGUCCAGACAGCAAGCUAUUGCAUGCUACAGGGUUCUCCAUCGGAUGUACUUAAGGAUGAGAGGGUUCAGUACUGGAUUGAGAACUACAGGAAUCUUUUAGAUGCUUGGAGAUUUUGGCAUAAACGUGCAGAAUUUGAUAUCCAUAGGAGUAAGCUGGAUCCUAGCUCAAAACCUUUAGCCCAGGUGUUUGUGAGUUGCAAUUUCUGUGGAAAAUCAAUCUCUUACAGCUGUUCAGCUAUUCCUCAUCAGGGGCGAGGUUUUAGCCAAUAUGGAGUUAGCGGUUCACCAACUAAGUCAAAAGUUACAAGCUGUCCUGGUUGCCGUAAACCCCUUCCUCGCUGUGCACUUUGCUUGAUAAACAUGGGAACACCAGUUUCCAGCUGUCCAGGAGGAUCCAAGUCAGAUGAAAAAGUGGAUCUUAGCAAAGACAAGAAGUUAGCCCAGUUCAACAACUGGUUUACUUGGUGUCACAACUGUAGGCAUGGUGGACAUGCUGGACAUAUGCUUAGCUGGUUCAGGGACCAUACCGAGUGCCCAGUUUCUGCCUGCUCUUGUAAGUGUAUGCAGCUGGAUACAACAGGGAAUCUCAUACCAGCAGAGACUGUCCAGGCAUAAAUAUUGUUUGGAAAUGUGGGACUCUCUAAUGGAUGUCCAUCAUAGUCCAAGCAUAUAUUUUAGACAAAGGUCACAUGUGACUUAGUGACUGUGAAAAAAUAAAUUGCUAUCAGAUUAGUAAAAUGAUGUGUGUAUGACUGUGCUUGGUAGAAACGGGUAUUACUGAAGUGAGUCCCUGGUAUAGUAUGUGGUCCUUGUUCAGAGGAUUGAAGCAGUUCAGUUCAAAAGCACUCCUGGAAUUGUAGACU